UCUACUCUUAAUCCCCUCUGCGUCUUAAACUAUUACUGUCAAACUCGAACUCUGACAAACCCAAGGCUUCGGAUACUUGGAAUCCAAGGAAGCAGCAGAGCCAUUUAACAAUAUCUGAGCCUCUUCACGGUUCAGAUCCCUCACCCGAGCUCCGCACGAGAAGAAUUUAGGCAUGGCUUCCACCUGCAACAGCUCCUCAUCGUUCAAGAUCAUACUCGGGUCGUCGUCGCCGGCGCGCCGCGCGAUCCUGUCAGACAUGGGAUACGAGUUCACCGUCAUGAGCGCUGACAUCGACGAGAGGGCCAUCAGGAGGGAGAAGCCGGAGGAGCUAGUCAAAGCCUUGGCCGAAGCCAAGGCCGACACCAUUCAACUGAACCUUCGUAAUCGAGACAGCAGAGAUCUGCCUACCCUUCUGAUCACUUCUGACCAGGUUAAGGUGAGCAAAGGGGUGAUACGGGAGAGGCCGACAAGCACGGAGGAAGCCAGGGAAUUCAUCAAGGGGUACUCGGGUGAUGUAGCGUUUGCAGUGAACUAUGUUCUGGUGACCAACCUGAGCACCGGGGGUAGGAAAGGGGGUUGGGAUAUACCUGAGAUCUAUUUUCACCACAUACCAGACGAGUUCAUAGAAAAAGUCGUGAAGGAAGGAGGCAUGACUUGCGUGGCUGGGGGCCUUAGGCUGAUGCAUCCAUCAGCUUUGCCCUUCAUCAAGGAACUAGUCGGUACGAUGGAUAGUGUUCGAGGACUUCCAAGGAACCUCACCGAGAAGCUCAUUCGAGAAUCACUACAAGAAACUGUUGAAAUGUAGGAUGUCGUUAUUCUCUUUACUAUUCAAAUCUUACAAGGAGAUAAGAUGUGUACAAUCCAGGAGUCUUGCUCCUUGUUGUAUACUAGAACAAUAGAACAACCCAAUGUGUUCAAGUAAGAGUCUAGAAAAUUUCCAAAAAAAAGUAAG